AUGGAAACAGAUUUAUUAUUAAAUGUACGUGGAAAUGUUCGAACACUUCGAACUAUGUGGAGUGAAAAAGUACAAGAAGAACAAAAAUCAAUUCAACCAAAAUCAGUUACGAAUCGAGCAUAUUCAGAAACAUCACAGAAAAAAUUAAUGAAAGAUAAUAUACAAACUCCUAUUGCUACAGAUGAAACACUAAUCAACAGCAAAUCGAAGAUUAUAACUGAUAGUGAAAAACCAUCCAAGGUUGAAUCAAUUGAACAAUCAUCAUCAUCAUCAUCGAUUAAUGAAACAGAUGAUUUUUUACCACUUCCUGCACCACCAUCAUCUGUUAUUUUUCAACAUCAAGCUCAAACAAUUCUAACAGUUAAACAAAGCGUUAUCAAAAUGUUUGAUAUUGAUAAAAAGAAAACACAUAUAAAUCAUAUAAAAAAUAAUGGUAUUCGUCAUUGGCAUUUAGCUCGUCAUGUAUUUCGAAGUGGUCUUAUAUUUAGUCCAUCAAGACGUGCAUCUGAUAGUAUAAUACCAUUGUUAAUGAAAACAAGUAUUGCACAAUAUCAUAUUCGAGCAGAAAGUCUUGAUAGUAUUCAAACACAAACACCAUUUCAAACUCUUAUUGAUUAUCUUUCAUAUAAUGAUAAUAAUGAUGAUGAAAAUAUAAGUUUAUUAGAGAAAAAAACAAUUGUUAAACGUACUAUAUCAGAUACAAGUGCUUGUAUACAACGAAAUAAAUUAAAUGAUACCAUUGCACAAUAUGAAACAAUAAUGCGUCAUUUAAAAAAUUAUGAUAAAUUUAAAGAAACAUAUCCAAUGUCAUCACCAUUAUCAUCAACACAAGAAACAAUAAAUAUGAAACAAAUAAUGAAAAAAAAAGAAGAAUUUAUUCAACAAAAUUUAAUAAAUAAAUCAUCUAUUCGAAAUACACAAACACAAUCAUUAGCAAGAAAUACUAGACGUACAUUUACAGAAUUUAUCAUGAAUGAUCUUUUAUCAUCAAAUAUAUCACGAACAUUAUCUAAUGUACAAUCAUCUGUUAAUAUUGUUCAUACGGCAUCACAAACUGAAACUACUGAAAUAUUAAAACCAACUGAAUCAAUUAAAUUAAUGCAAGAAACUGAAUCAAUUCCUAUAGAAGAAACAGAUGCAGCUAUAAAUGAACUUGAUAAUGUUCUUAAUAAUACUGAUACAGAAGUUUUAUUAACUCCAAAUAGUGAAAUCAAUGUUAUUAUUGUUAAUCCUUCUACCACAGAGGAUAACAUGACACAACCUAAAGAAAAGCCACUUAUGCAACGUUUAUUUGAAGGAAAAAAGACUGCAUAUACAGCAAAUGAUCUUAAUAUGGAAUCAAAUCGAAUACCCGAAGAAUUAAUGCAAACAUAUGAAAUUGCAAAAAAAAAAUGUUUUUUCCCAUCAGAAAAACUGCUAUAUGCAACAAAAAUGAUUAAAAUUGAUCGUCGAGGUUAUAAACAACAUAUUCGACUUCUAUGUUUAACAACAGAACGUGUUUAUAUAAUAACAAAAAAAGAUCCAUAUCCAAAAGAGACUCUUCUUUUCAAAGAUAUUCUUGGUAUUACUUGUACACCAUGUCAAGAUGGCUUUAUAUGUCUUCAUACAAGAGAAACACGAGAAGAUCGAGGUGAUUGGAUUUUUGUUAUUGAUCAUCCAUGUGAAUUUAUUACACAACUGUUUAUGGCCAUGGGACGAAAUCAUAAUGAUAAUUAUCUCAAAAUAGAACCUAAAUUUAAACAUGUACGUCGAGGCACAGGUACAGUAUCUGAUGAAUGUUUAAUCGAAGUUCGUCCAUCACGUGCAUUUCGUAUUGAAUUUGAAAAUUAUGAAGUUUUAGUUAUUGCAGCUGCCUGA